ACUGAAGAUCUUCAUCGCCGGUUCUCCAUUUCUCCGUCUCUGCCUUCACACCCGCAACUCUCUCCUCCACCUUUUCUUUUCUCCACCAUGAGCCUGAGUCGCACCAAGCGAAUCAGCUCGGGAUCCUCGGUGCGCAGCGGGGGGUUCGGGGGGGGCUCCGGUAGGCCGAGCAGCUUUGGCGGCGUCUCCCUGAGCGGGGGCUCCAUGUACGGGGGGGCCUCCGGGCCUCAUCGUGGCUCGGGGGGGGGCCCACUGGCCGCGCUGUCCGUCAACAGGAGCCUGCUGGCCCCCCUCGACCUGGAGAUCGACCCCCGCCUGAGCACCAGCAGGGCCCUCGAGAAGGAGCAGAUCAAGAGCCUCAACAACCGCUUCGCCACCUUCAUCGACAAGGUGCGUUUCCUGGAGCAGCAGAACAAGAUGCUGGAGACCAAGCUGGAGCUGCUGCAGGGUCACGGGGUCGGCCGGUCCAACGUGGAGCCCCUCUUCGAGGCCUACAUGGCGGGUCUAAGGCGCCAGAUGGACCUGGUCAACAACGACAGGAGCAAGCUGGAUGGGGAGCUGAGGAACAUGCAGGGCCUGGUGGAGGACUACAAGCACAAAUAUGAGGACGAGAUCAACAAAAGGAACAACCUGGAGAACGACUUUGUGAUCCUGAAGAAGGACGUGGACUCAGCCUAUCUGGUGAAGGCCGACCUGGAGGACAAAGUUGGAGCUCUGACCGACGAAAUCAACUUCCUGCGUAACGUCUACGAGGAGGAGCUGCGUGAGCUGCACGCCGGCAUCAAGGACACGUCGGUCGUGGUGCAGAUGGAUAACAGCCGCAGCCUCAACAUGGAGAGCAUCGUGGCCGAGGUCAAGGCGCAGUACGAGGAGGUCGCGGCCCGCAGCCGGGAGGAGGCCGAGGCCUGGUACAAGAGCAGGUUCGACCAGAUGUCGGUGCAGGCGAGUCAGUACGGAGACGAGCUCCGUGUGGUGAAGGCCGAGGUCGCAGAGGUCAACCGGCUGAUCGGACGCCUGCAAAGCGAGAUAGAGGCGGUCAAAGCUCAGCGUGGCGGUCUGGAGAACCAGCUAACUGAGGCCGAGGAACGAGGAGAGCUGGCUGUGAAAGAAGCCAAAGCUCGGACCAGAGACCUGGAGGAAGCUCUGCAGAGAGCCAAGCAGGACAUGGCCCGACAGCUCCGAGAGUACCAGGACCUGAUGAACCUGAAACUGGCUCUGGAUAUCGAGAUCGCCACCUACAGGAAGCUGCUGGAGGGAGAGGAGGACAGACUUGGACAUCAGUCCAUCCUGAACAUCCAGAGUGUCUCCAGCUACAGUACUAAAAGCACCAACGGUAACCACGGCAACGGUGGCUCCCCCGUCCCGAAGCUGCUGAUAAAGACGACGGAGACCAGAGACAGCUCCAGAUACAGCUCUCACUGAGACCAGGACCCGGGCCGCUGUGGCGUCCUUCACGUAGAACCUCGUCAUACUUUACAGUAAAUGUCAGAUACAUUUAUGCUAAAUUUAGAUUCAUCUGACAAAUACAGGAGAAACGAUCAAUUACUCUGAUUAACCGGCAGUUUUUGUGUGUAAUCUCUAUCUAUCAGUAACAUUUAUGUAUUAAUCUUUAGCCAAUGUUUGUUUUUACAGACCAAACAACAGUUGAUUUAUUAGUUAAAGUAAAAACCCUCUUCAGCAUUAACGCCAGAGGAAUACUAAUCCACUGACAGAUGAUAGAAAUUAAACUGUCAGUUUAACUAUACUGAAAUACUUCUGAAGUAACAUCCAACUGUACCAGAGUAUUUUUACUGUGUGGUUUGAGUACUUUUACUGCAGUAACAGAGUACUCUACUCAAAAUAGACACACAUCAGGUAUCCACCUGUGUGUGUGUGUGAUUUAAUUAUUAGGUUCAUUACUUUUAUUUACUGUUGCAUAACGAUCCUCUAAAUGCAGGAAAUGAAGUAGAAACAUUGUUUCUGAUAUAAUUCAGCAUAAAGAGGCGUUAAUGUGCUUAAAGUCUCCGGUCUUUGAGUUAAUAAAAUGUACAACGAUCAGAAUGUAUAUUCAAUAUAAAAACGAUUAAAGUCAGAACUGUGUGUGAUGUAGAAAAGGCUAAAGUACAGUAAGUACACUACAGAGUACUUCUUCCUCACAUCAACAUAAGAAUCAUAUGUGAGUCAAUAAAACAACAUGGUUUAA